AUGCAUUCAAAUCUCAGUCAUAACUAUUCCUCUAAUAUUUUUAACAGUUUUAAAUCAAAUGAAAAUUUUUCUUUAUGUGAAACACCACCGGAAACUGGUGAUUGGAAAUUACAAAAUGAUAUUCUAACAGCUUUUUUGAUUCUAGCCACGGUUGUUAUAUUUUUUGGUAACUUACUUGUUAUUCUGGCUGUAGCAACAGUGUGCAAGCUUAGACGAAUUUCAGAUCAAUAUAUAGCUUCACUUGCUGUUGCUGACCUGUUUGUAUCUGUUUUUGUCCUACCAUUUGCAGUGAUACGUCAGAAUCUUGGUUACUGGCCGUUUAGAUCGAUAUAUUUAUGCCAGUUUUAUAUAUCUGCUGAUAUAUUCACAUGUAUGGCUUCCAUACUUAAUUUAUGCUGUAUAUCACUGGAUCGGUAUUUCGCUGUGAAUUAUCCCUUAAAGUAUAUAACAAGGCAUAGUCGUCGCAUAUCCUUCAUUAUGAUAUCAACAGCAUGGAUAAUACCAGUAUUUUCCAUCUUACCACCAUUAGUUGGAAAAAAUGAACAUAUAGUAGGUGUUGGUUGUUGCUAUAUAACCUACAACAAAGACUAUAGAAUUUAUUCAUCUGUGUUAGCAUAUUUUCUACCUUUAUUAAUAAUUGCAUAUGUGUAUACAAGAAUAUUUUGUGUCAUUAAAACAAGAUCAAAACAAUUUCAGCAAUUCGAAGAUAACUCAAAGAAAACUAGUUGUUACAAAUCUUUGUGGAAAAGUUGUACUACAUUUAAAUGUUUGGCAAGUACCAAUCAAUUCAAACAACAUGAACAAUAUUCAGAACCGUUCAAUUCUAAAGCAUCAUUUAAAAGUGAGACAAACGUUUCAAAAGAUGAUAAUUAUGUUUCAUUCAUAAAAGAUUUUGAUAGCUUUUAUCUAGAUUUACCGAAACUAAACCAAUUUCCUCAAAAUUACAAAUGUAAACAUACUGACGGAGACUAUCAUAAGGAUACAAUGCAUUCUACUGCUAAUAGUCUCAGUGUUAGUUCAACUACAGAUUUGGAAAUGAAUGCUCCAGAACCGGUUGAACUUACACUAAAAAAUUUACAAAUAUUUCAGGUAUCUACAUCACAGCAUGAAACACAUGACAAGAUUCAACUUGAAACUAUUCAUUCUAAAAAAAUAACUUAUGAAAUUUUUACGUAUGAUAGAAUCCAGUCUAAUCAGAUUAAAUUGAAUGAUGAAAUCAGACAUUCGAUUGAGGGACAAAACAUUGAUCGCUCUACAGUACAUAAAGAUGUACAACGUUCUGAAACUUCUUUCUCUACUCAUACAAAAAUAAACAAAAAAUUUAAAUACUCAAAAAACAGUAAAGGAAGUAGAAAGUCAUAUCAACGUCGUCGAGAAAAUGUGGUAUUCAACCGAGAAAAGAAAACAGUACGAACUGUUGCUAUUGUAGUGGGAUGUUUUAUUAUAUGCUGGACUCCAUUUUUUGUCUUCUAUCUUGGGGAAGCAGUCUGUGAUUGUACCUUUUCAGAGGAAUGGUAUGCAGUAGUUACAUGGCUAGGGUAUUUAAACAGCAUUUUCAAUCCUUUUAUAUAUGCACUUUACAAUAAAGAGUAUGCUAAAGCUUUUAUGCAUUUAAUGCAUUUAAGACGUGUAUAG